AUGACUGCCUCGGUUGCCAGCGCCGUUGAGCGCACUCCCGUCGAGAUUUGGAGUAGAAUAUUCGAGUUAUAUCUAGGUCCAUCGCUCCUUGCUAAUCCAGACAAGAGGAUGAUGAGUGGAUGGCGCAAAAUGUACGAGGCCAACACCCUAUUGCAGGACUACAUAGACGCAGAACGACAGAAGAACAUACUUAGACUCGUAUGUCACUCCUGGAAGCGGCUGGCAGACACUCUGGGGGACAGAUUCGUCGUCAGUCAUCUCGACGAACACGACUGGCCUCCUGGCCGCAGCAAGCAGAAUGCAGAUUACAUAUCCUAUCACAUUUACUCUCCUUGGCUUGAAUAUGAGCUAGUCGGUAAUUAUGGAUCCCGUGUAGGUGCGCAAGAGUGGAAGGACUGGAAUAGUCAACCAUUCAAGAUCACCCCCCAUCUCCCUUUUGCUCCAUACACUUCAUUCGUCGGCCAUUCGUUCGAUAUUUCGGAUCUAGAUUCCACCGUGGAACCAGCAAAUGUCCAAUUCCUCAGCAUAGGCAUUCGUUCAGAUGUUUUCCACCAUCUCGCCCUCCCCCUUUUCCACAACGUCCUUUUUCUGGAUCUCUUCGUUAUUUAUCCUUUCAAAGAUUCGGGAACAAAUAUGAAGCGCAUGCUACCGAACCUCGACUGCCUCCUACUGCGCGUGCGGUUGCAAGACCGUCCCUUCAGCCCGAGUGUAACCCUCUCGGGUUGGUAUUUUCCCAAGCUCUCAAGAUUUGAAUUCUCUACAGAAUAUGAAUCUGGGGUGUCUUCAGCCGUAUCCAAGGACCUUGGUGACUUUGUCCAAAAGCACAUCUCUCUUCAGCAUAUCAACUUGCCAUACGACGUUUGGGACCAACAAGGGAAAUUUAUCGACUGGCAGCAUCAUAUUCGCCUCGAGUCGAUGGAACUCGUCAAUCUUUCUUCCCUCCCAGAUAUUCUUCCUCCCUUACGCCCUCACUUAGCAUCGCAAGUAAACAAAGAUGGUACACGCUCACCAUUUAUUACGAUUAAACUGAGAAUACAUCUAAGGGAAGAACCACCAAGGGCGCUGGUCGCACGGCUUUUGCCUCAUCACGACCUACUCGCAAAUGUCGUCCUUCUCAUGGAGCACAGCUGGUUCCAGUUACUGAUGGGAUUUGACGGGGCGAUCAACAGAAUCUUGAGCCGCAGUCAUAUCAUCGACACCGCCGCUUGGAUCUACUAUAUUCGGAGAAACGUGCGGAUAUGUUCAUUGUUAUAG